GAUAAAUUGGCAGUGCAAUAUAAUUACUAAAUUUUAAACUUUCCGCCUCUCCCUAGUAACUUCUAUGUGAAACAGUUGCACAACAUGGUAUGGUAUGUUGGCUACACUGCUUAAUUUGCAAAUUUUUGUCUGUAAACAGAACGAAAGAGGUUAUUUGUGGUUAUAAUUUAUACUUCUUAUGUCAGACCAAUUAGUAUUUCAUGAAAGAAACAGUCCCCAUGGACUCACAAUGGAAAAUAUGUUCCACGUCGCCGAUUGCUGCAGGGCUUGUCUACGAAUCGAAUGUUCCCUGACACCGACGACAACCCCUGACAAUGAUUCGAUCAAAUUUUGCGACAAGCUGAUCGCUUGUGUUUCCGAAGUGGUGUGGAUGAAAGAAGGCCUACCAUCACUGAUAUGCACCACGUGCAUAGAACGGCUAAGGGUGGCAUAUGACUUCCGAACAGUCUGCUUACAGUCCGACAAUACCUUGCAACGGUACAUAAGCCAUCUUCCAGAUGAAGCGAAGCAAACACUCAAUGGUCUAAGACCACUAACUACGCCGACAAAAUUCGACUUUAGUAUAGCGACGGGCACAGACAAUUUACCAUGCAUCAUUGAGGAACCACAAAAUGCGGAAUAUCUACACCUGAAACACUUUUUGGACAACGAUGAGGAACUGACCAAAUCGGAUAACUUGGUGGAUACUACGACUUCACGAAGUACGAGUCCGGAUACGAAUGCGGUCACUGUGAACUUUAUCAACAAUAAUCACCACCCCCAAGAGAACCAGCAUCUCCACCAACCACAACCAAUGCACCACCAGCAUCCCGAACAACUUCACUACGAAAGGCCAGUGAUGCACAUGCAGGAACAACUUGUCAAAAAUGAAGAACAGCAAUCGUUGCAGCAAUUUAAGCCUCCGAGACAGGUGAUAAAGCGUACCACCGGUGUCCAGGUCCGACCACCUACACCUUCCAGUGUCCAAGCAGAUGGCAGUGAUCUUAAACCGUUCACAUGCGCAGUGUGUGGUAAAAACUACCGAAAAAAUGCAAAUUUACGUAUUCACAUGCGAACUCACACUGGCGAAAAGCCUUUCGAAUGCCGCUACUGUGAGAAACGAUUUUAUCACUCCUCACAUCUACGCGAACACAUACGAAGACACACUGGUGAGAAGCCAUUUCAGUGUGCCGUUUGCAAUAAGCGGUUUACAAUCAAAGGUGAACUUACAAUGCAUAUGAAAUCUCACACUGGUGAGAAGCCAUACGCUUGCACUUGCUGUGAUCGCCGCUGCCUAACAGCGGCGGAUUUGAAGGUGCACAUGAGGACUCACACUGGUGAAAAGCCGUUCGCAUGCGUGACGUGUGGGAAAAAAUUCGCCAGCACCUACAUUUUAAAUUCGCACAUUAAAACGCACACUGGAGAAAGGCCUUACUCCUGCUCAGUGUGCGAUAAAACCUUCACGCAAUCGUCCCAUUUAAAUGUGCACAUGCGAAAGCACACCGGAGAAAAGGUCAGCUGCAAAAUUUGCGACGCAAAGUUCACCCAUUCCUCUCAACUCACCGUUCACAUGCGCGAGCACACCGGCAAGCAGCCUUACAAGUGCACAAUGUGCGAUAAAGUUUGCAAUUACGCCUCCGAACUGCAGACGCACAUGAUGAAACAUACCGGUGAGAAAUUCGCGUGCGUCACCUGCGAUAAAAAGUUCACGACCACCGCCUAUCUGCAGGAGCACACCCGCACGCACACGGGCGAAAAUCUCUCCACUUGUACCGUCUGCGACCGGCAGUUCACCCGCCAUCAGUAUUUAGAGAAGCACAUGCGUACCCACACAGGUGAAAAGCCGUACACGUGUUUCACGUGCGGCAAGAAAUUCACGCAAUCGUCAUCAUUGAAGGUCCACAUUCGUAUUCACACAGGCGAGAAGCCUUACCAUUGCCAGAUCUGCGACCGCCGAUUCACAACAUCCUCCGAUUUAUCGGCACAUAACAAAAAGCAUAAGAAGUACAUUAAUUUAUAAGUGCAAUAAGGGUGAUAUUUCCGUUUAGACGUGGCUAUCAAAGACUGCUUUUUAUUAACAUAGUUAUAUCUACUAUUUUGUCGAUCAAAAUUUGAAAUGUAUACUGUCGCUUUAUUAGUUUUAAUUUUAGCAUGUAGGUACACAGUGUAACGCAAUAAUUUUGCAAUGUUUUAUUUCAAUAUUGUGUAAUCAUGAUUAAAUAGAAGAGGAAAUAGAUAAGGUUUUUCCAAU